AUGAAUCGUGCUCCACGAUCACAAGAUAUUGAAACUAUUAUGAAAAGGGGAUUUUUUAUUUGCGCUCUUUAUCAACAAAUUUCAAACAUAUAUAAUAAACAAAGUGAUCGACACAAAGAAAUAACUGUAUAUCGUCGUCAAAGUAUGUUAUUAGAUGACUUCGACAGUCUAGAUUUAAAUGUUUCAAUACAAUUUGCUGUGCGUGCAGUCGAGAAUCCGAAAGUGAAUACAGUACUCUUGCAAAUGACCAUUGAUCCAAUGAAAUCAUCGGUUCCAUUUGCUUAUUUAGAAGAAAAUAGUUCUUACAAAUAUGAAAAUGAAAUUCUUUUCUCUAUGCAUACUGUUUUUCGUAUUAUUGAUGUUCAUCAUACUCAAGAUCAAUAUUGGCUCGUUAAUUUAAGUCUAACAAGUGAUAAUGAUCCAACACUCAAAGUAUUAACUGAUCAUUUUAGAAAAGAGAUUGGAAGCGGUAAUCCUUUGGAUCGAUUAGGAAGUUUAAUGUUGAAAUUGGGCGAAUUCAAUCAAGCUGAAGAAAUCUUUGGCACACAACUCAAUUCCAAAAAUGAAAAAACUUGGUGCAGUCAAGCUCAUCUCAAUCAUCAACUUGCAUAUGUUUAUAGUCAUAAGGAUGAAUAUACAGCUGCUUUAUCAUAUUACAAAAAGGCACUUGAAAUGGAACUGAACUAUGUUGCCGAAGAUGGUUCGUCAUUGGCUCCUACCUACAAUAAUAUUGCUGGAGUACAUCAUUCAAUGGGUGAAUAUUCAUUAGCUCUAAGUUUUUAUAAAAAAGCACUUGAGAUUGAACAGAAAUCCCUUUAUGCCGAUCAUCCUUUGUUAGCUACUACAUAUAAUAAUCUAGGAUCAGUUCAUAGUUCAAUGGGUGAUUAUGCUGCUGCACUUGAUUUCUACAAAAAAACAUUUGCAAUGCGAGAAAAAUCUCUUCCACCCAAUCAUCCAGAUUUUGGUAGCAUUUAUAAUAAUAUCGGAACGGCUUAUAGUUCAUUGGGCGAUGAUCAAACCGCACUUUCAUAUUAUCAAAAAACUCUCGAAAUUCAAGAAAAAAUUCUUCCUUCUACACAUGUAGAUUUAGCUAUUAGCUAUGGCAAUAUUGAUACAAUACACAGUUCAAUUGGAGACCAUUUGAAAGCACUUGAAUUUCAUGAAAAAUCUCUCAAAAUUCGAGAAAUAUCUCUUCCAUCUAAUCAUCCU